AUGCACUUUUUCCCAACAAUAUCACUACGUACCGAUGGAAUGCAAUUGAUUCCUGAUAGAAAUUUUACAGCAGGUCAGGGAAUAUACAAAAAAUGGCUUCAUAUAUGGGACAGAACCUCUAAUGAGCUAGCCAGCUUUUGUACCAAAUUCUCAUCCGUAAUUGAGUCAAAUACAAUUAAUGAAAUAUAUGCUGAUGGCCUUACAUUCUUCCUUGCUGAGAAUAAUUCAGUUUGGAGUUUGAUACUUUCACGAACAAAAUCUGGGAUCCAUUUAGAGCUUUCUCCAAAAGAUCACCAUGCAGGAAUCAAUAGUAACUCGCUGAUAUCUUCCAUUUACAAGAAAUGGUCGAUCAAUAUAACUAGAAAAGCACACUGUCAAGCUAGCGUAACGUAUGAUUCUGUGUCGAAAAACCUUAGUGUUUUUGUCACUGACGAUGUAUAUGGUGUAAUUGACCUUAAUUACAUCAUUCAUCUAAGGAAAGAACUGCUCAAAUGGGUUAUUUUUGGGUUUUCAGCAGGAGGCCGUCAACGGUUUGAGAAAGUUACAGUUACAUCAUGGAGUUUUAAUAGUACAAAUCUACAGGUUGAUGAAAGAAUGGCACCACCACCAGGCCCUGGCCCGAAAAAAGGGGCAACAGGUCAAAAGGUAGGAUUUAUAGUUGGAUUAGCUGUUGUACUUUCAUUUUCCACUAUCAUUGUGUGUUAUUAUUUAUGGAGGAGGAACAAACACAGAAGACAUGAAAUGGGAUAUGAUGCGGAUAUGAACAAAGAUUUCGAACAUGCCACUGGACCAAAAAGAUUCUCUUAUAACGAAAUUCUUCGGGCAGUGGCGGAACCAGGAUCGUAG